UAAGCCGGCACUCGCUCUCUCUCCCUUUCUCUCUCAGCAUCCUUCUGUGAUCCUCUAGGUGAUACAGACACAGCAGCAUCCAUGGCCUGUCUUCUGCCUUAGCACUUUUUUUUUCCCCUCCUCCCUCCCCCGUCUGGCAGCUGUACAAAUCAGGGAUCUGAGACAUUUAUUUUAAGGGCUUACAUUGAGCAUCUGGUAACUGGAAUCGUAUUCUCCUGCAUUUUUUCAGGCUCCUUGGAAAUUGAGGAAUGCAAUUCUGCCAUCAUGAUGGAAGGACUGAAAAAGCGUACAAGGAAGGCCUUUGGUAUACGGAAGAAAGAAAAGGACACUGAUUCCACAGGAUCGCCAGACAGGGAUGGAGUUCCACCCAGCCCUCAUCCUUAUGAGCUACCUUCCAAUAACAAACCAGAGUGUGCGUGUGAAGGAGGAAAAAAAGUUUCGAAGAAAACUAAUGGAGCUCCAAAUGGAUUUUACGCAGAGAUUGACUGGGACCGAUAUAAUUCACCUGAGCUUGAUGAAGAGGGAUACAGCAUCAGACCAGAAGAACCAGGCUCUACCAAAGGAAAGCACUUUUAUUCCUCAAGUGAAUCAGAAGAGGAAGAGGAGGCACAUAAGAAGUUUAACAUUAAGAUUAAGCCUUUGCAGGCGAAAGACAUUCUUAAAAGCGCAGCAAACGUAGAUGAGCUGAAAGCAUCAAUAGGCAACAUCGCACUUUCUCCAUCUCCAGUGAGGAAAAGUCCGAGGCGCAGCCCGGGUACAAUUAAAAGGAAUUUAUCCAGUGAAGAGAUAGCACGACCUAGGCGCUCGACACCAACUCCAGAACUUGCAAGCAAAAAAGCCCCAGAUGAUUCUACAGCCCUUGCGCCCUUGUUUGGCCCACCACUGGAGUCAGCAUUUGAAGAACAGAAAUUGGAAGCUCCUUUAGACCAGCCUGAGAUCUGGGGUUCUGUUCAGGCAGUGAAUUCGAGUUUAGAAUCUCCAAAAUUACCGAGACCUUUUCCAACUGGAACCCCUCCGCCACUUCCACCGAAAAAUAUUCCAGCUACGCCACCUCGGACUGGCUCUCCUCUAACAGUUGGAAUAGGAAGUGACCAGAAAGCAACAGAGGUCAAAAGUGACAAACUACCAUCAAUGAAUGACUUGGACAGCAUUUUUGGCCCCGUAUUAUUCCCCAAGUCUCUUGCUGUUAACGCAGAAGAUAAGUGGGUCUAUUUUUCUGAUCAGUCCCCGGAAAACGUAACUCCAGAGUUGACUUCAAGGGAAAAAGUGGUGUCUCCACCUCUGGCACCAGAAACUGCAGCUGAAUCUCCAGCUGUUGAAACCUCUCGCAGUGUUCCAUCUCCACUCAAUUUAGAAGAGGUUCAGAAGAAAAUUUCUGACCAGACCCACGUUAAAGAUGAUAACUUAGAAUCAGCAGCAUCUCCUAAAGAUUUUGGGUUGGGACAGAGAGCUACACCACCUCCCCCUCCGCCUCCUACCUACAGAACAGUGGUGUCAUCACCUGGACCCAGCUCUAGCAGUGGCACAGGAAGCACCAGUGGUUCUUCAUCUCCUGCUCGUCCAGCAACUCCACUGGCUGCCUGUAGCAGCACCACCCCACCCCCUCCUCCACCUCGACCCCCAUCUCGGCCAAAACUUCCUCCAGGGAAGCCUGGAGUUGGUGAUGUGUCCAGGCCUUUUAGCCCUCCUAUUCACUCAUCCAGUCCUCCUCCGAUAGCACCUUUAGCCCGUGCUGAAAGUACUUCUUCCAUAUCCUCCACCAAUUCCUUGAGUGCAGCCACUACUCCCACAGUUGAGAAUGAACAGCCUUCCCUCGUUUGGUUUGACAGAGGAAAGUUUUAUUUGACUUUUGAAGGCUCUUCUAGGGGACCCAGUCCUUUAACGAUGGGGGCACAGGACACUCUCCCUGUAGCAGCAGCAUUCACAGAAACGGUUAAUGCAUACUUCAAAGGAGCAGACCCUAACAAAUGCAUAGUGAAGAUAACUGGAGAAAUGGUGCUGUCAUUUCCUGCAGGAAUUACCAGACAUUUUGCCAAUAAUCCAGCUCCAUCUGUUCUAACUUUUCGUGUGAUAAAUUACAACAGGUUAGAACAUGUCCUGCCAAAUCCUCAACUUCUCUGCUGUGACAGUACACAGACUGAUGCCAAUACAAAGGAAUUCUGGGUAAACAUGCCAAAUCUGAUGACUCAUCUAAAGAAAGUGUCUGAGCAGAAACCACAAGCUACAUAUUACAAUGUGGACAUGCUCAAAUAUCAGGUAUCUGCCCAGGGUAUUCAGUCUACUCCAUUAAACCUUGCAGUGAACUGGCGGUGUGAAUCUACAAGCACUGACCUUCGCAUCGACUACAAAUAUAAUACAGAAGCAAUGACUACACCAGUAGCUCUGAACAAUGUCCAGUUCCUUGUUCCCAUAGAUGGAGGAGUAACAAAACUUCAAGCUGUGCUUCCACCUGCAGUUUGGAAUACUGAACAGCAAAGAAUAUUGUGGAAGAUCCCUGAUAUCUCUCAGAAAUCAGAAAAUGGAGGUGUGGGUUCUUUGCUGGCAAGAUUCCAGCUCUCUGAAGGACCAAGCAAACCUUCCCCAUUGGUAGUGCAGUUUACCAGUGAAGGGAGCACUCUGUCCGGCUGUGACAUUGAACUUGUUGGAGCAGGGUACCGGUUUUCACUCAUUAAAAAGAGAUUUGCAGCAGGAAAAUACUUGGCUGAUAACUAAUGGAAGCAUAUGCAAGUAUAUGGAAAAUCCAUAUAACCAAGGACUGCUGUAUAUCGAACGGGUUUUAUUUACAGUUUAAGGAAAAUGAACUAAAUCCUGCACUUGGGACAUUUUUCUGUUGGAAGUGUCAGCGACUUUCAGCAUUUUUUCCUCAGAAAACACUGUUUUGACCAGUCUUACAGUAUUUACUUCUAGAUGUAACAUUGUUAAUGGUUUUAAAAUGUAAUUAUUGUAUUUGUAAAUUGUACUCAUUCCAGUAAGGCUGUAUUUUGGCAGUUAGACACCUGAGUUUUAGCAUUUUACCAUUCAUGAAAUGGAUGUAAUUUAAACUGUGGUAUAUAAAUUUAAUAGUAGUACUGUUGAAUGGCACAAUGCUUACAGAGGUAGAUUACAUUUUGUCAAUAUAUAAGAUUUAAAUACAAUACAGAUAGCCGUUAUAAAGGGGGUGCCUCAUAAAAAAAAAAAAAAAUUAAGUAGAACCUGCAAACUGAUCUACUUUUUCUUCAGUCCUUAGUAUGUCUUAUAGUGAUAAAUUAAAAGCUCUAUCUUCAGAUGUUUAGCUGUAACUGCAAAACAAUAUUUCAGUACAUGUUGAGGUUUAUGACUUAUUCUCCUUCAAAAGGCAAAACAGAAGAAUCUCACUUAAAAACUUCUUUUUAAGUCAUAACAAAACAAAAAAUCUUUCCAACAAUGACCUUUUACUUCUAUGCCCUGCAGAUUAACUGUAAAAAAUUCCAGUUACCAUUAAAUAGGUGUCGGACUCUUGGAUUUUCCCCCAGUAGUCUGACACUUUACAGAUGUGCAGAUUAUGAACUAAGCAGGCAGUUUAAGACAUUCAGUGAUGACUUUAGAUCUGGUCGGAGGCCUGUAGGCUCAAAGUUACUAUAUUAAAUAGCAUAUUUUUCAACAACUGUUUCCUGUUUUGCAGUCCCAUCUGUAGGCUUGUUUGGCUACUUUUCUUUUCCUCUCUAUUUUUUAACUAUAAAUAAUAUGCAAAAUGCUUUAUAGAUUUGUAAGAAGAAGUUCCUUGUCCAAAGAUCUUAUCGUUUAAGCAGACAAAAACACAAAUAUAUGGAAAAAGAAUGCAAGAUAAUCCUGAUAUUUAGCUCUCGUUUGACAUUUUUAUUCACAUAUCUUGAAGUAUGUUGUGUAGGCGAAUGGUUUAUCUCUGUUUCACAUGGGGGGAAACUGAGGCUUUGUUUUGCCUUAGGUAAAAGUGAGUCAGUGGCAAAGGCAAGAAUAAAAUCUUGGUCUCCUAAAUUUGUCUUGCCACAGGACAUCUCUGCUUUGAGGAAAAAGCCUGAAUGGUUACAAUGGCCAGUUCAAAUGUCUCAAUGUUUGAAGGCUAUUUCCUGUGCCUAUAAUGGAGUAAGCCAGUAGCACUAGUAGACAAUUUUUAAAGUGCAACCAACCCUGUGUACACUUGAGUGCACAGCUUGUUAGUUCCAUGACUUUGAUUUGGUAAUAUUUUUUUAAGCUUGAAAUGUAAUAUAAGCUAAACAAAAAAGCUUUGGGCUGAUGCAUGAAAUGGGAUGACUAGUUACAUAGUUGAGCAGUUAAUUGGGCCUGUUUGUCCUUUUUGCCUGCACAAAACAUGCGUUUGUACAUGAAGAUCUUGCAUCAGAAAAUGACUGUUCUUAGAGGGGGAAAAAAAUUUCUUGGAGGAAAUGCACUAUGAGAAUAAAAAAGGCUGUGUAACAUGAGGCUGUCGCUAAAACUCUGGCUCUAAAUAUUUCCUCUAGGAUCAGAAAAGCCAGUCCUAGUCUCUUAGGGCUACGCUUACUGUUCCUGUGGACCUGGGAACAGAAUGGCAAGUCAAGAGUCUCUAGUGUGGAUGCAAGAUAUAGAAUUUGCCUUGCUUAUAGCAUAUUAUUUUAGAGAAAUAUUAUUUAAGUUUUGAAAACUUAAAAAUGUGCAGUUUAAUAGAUGAAUACACUGGUCUUCAUGAGAAAACACACGGUAUUUUUGUUUUGACAGUUCUCUUCAGUUCUCUCACUCUUGCAUGUGAGAGUAUUAACUUCACAAAUGUUCACGCCUGCUGUGGUGACUAGCUUUUGCUUUUACACUUUGUACUUUGAAAAGUCUUCGGAUAAGAAGCACUUCUCAUUGUGUAUAAACUGUCAAAUGAAAGAUGGGCUGUAGAUCCAAACACUUCAGCCUGGAGGGAAGUUGGAUUAUCUAUGGCUCUUUGUGUAAAGGACAAUUUAAAAACUUUUUUUUAGUAAAAAUUGAUAUGUCAUAGCCUACUGCUGGCAACAUGGUGGUAGAAUUUGUGAUAUUCAUGGCAUGAUGGCUGAGAAGAUGAAAAGCCAGUUUCUGUCUCAUUUAAAUAAAAGAAUCUUGAUGUGUUUAAAAAAAAAAAAAAAACCCUAUUCAAAAUAAAUACUGAAGUUGUUCUGAUAUUGAGGUGCACAGAUACCUAAAAUCAUGCAUUACUUGUGGUGUUGGAUAUCCUACAAGUGUUGGGAUCAUACUUAUUUUACUCUCUCAGACGUUGGCAGCAAAAGGCUUACAAAUAUCACUUCAAGGUAAAAAAAAUUACUGGCAUGUAUAUCAAUUCUGUAUGCUGAAAAGUGCUUAUUAACAACAGAUUUUUCAGAGUGCUUUAAAAAAUACAGAAAACGGGUUAUUUUUAGAGCACAUGUUAAACUUUACAGACUUCUAGAUUAAACUGAUUCAGAAAUGUAUUUGAUAACCAACUUUCAUGCAUGUUCACAAAAAAUUAAAUAUAAAAGUACGGGAUAAAGUGCAAUUAAAUUUUGAAAAUUCACACAUUUUCCUGGCAUUUGGAAGUGAACAUGACAAUAUUUCAAAAGGGAAUAUUGAUCCAAUAGUUUGAUUUCUUCCUUCCUUCCUCCCCCCCUCAGUGAUUGGAAAUAGGGUUCUGUGUACUGCGUAAGCUGUAUCUAUUUGAAAAUAUGAAUUAAAUAUAUGGCAAGUAAUUUAAAAUGAACAGCCUACAAGAAAAA